AGCAAUAUAAAGGAGCGGUUUUUAAAUAUCUUAGAACUCGAUUGAUUUUGAUAGCUUAUAGCCAAUCAAGAUUUCUUAAGCUCUGUUGAAAAUGGGAUGCUUUGCAUCAACACCGAAAGACUCUGGUGGGAACAGAAGAAAGCCAACAAGCAUCGGUGAGGUUUCAGUAUAUGUACCUGGUUUAAGGAUACCUAGAGCGGUGGAUUUUUUGCAGUCACUUGGUGAUCAAUUACCCAAGACUCUAGUGGAACGCUUGACAGCUUUAAGAACGCGUAUCGUAGUGAUGGCUAAUCAAGAAGGACCUACAAUUACGAGAACGAGGAGAAAGACACAACAUGGAGGUUCAACGCUCUUGGAUCUACAUCAAGCUUUGCUAGAUUAUCUACCUGUUGUCUUGGGAUUAACUAAAGAUGGUAGCCAUCUACAGUUUAAAGUACAAUUUAAUUGGGUAAAUCAGGAGGACGAGGAAGAGGAAACAGAGAUGUCAAACGUUUGGUAUGAAGUUUUAUCUGUUUUGCAUCUAAUGGCAAUGCUACAAAUGUCUCAAGCCAAUUUACUGCUUCUUCCUAGAGGUUCUAGUGAUGGUCACAACCAUCCGAAAGUAUCCGAAGAAAACAGACGAACUUCGAUUGAUAUCUUCUUAAAAGCAGCUGGAUAUCUUGACUGUGCCGUUAAGCAUGUUCUCCCUCAGUUUUCUGCUGAGCAAAGGAGAAGUUUGCCGGUUGACUUAGCGGAAGGAGUUCUACGAGCUCUUUGCUUGCAAGCACUUGGCCAGGGUGUUGAUAUCCAACUUGGCAUGGCGAUUGAUAGCUCAAAGGCCACUCUUGCAGUAAAACGAAGACUUUCAUGUGAAAUGGUGAAAUAUUGGCAGCAGGCACAAGAUAAUUUAAUGAAUCUUCCGUUAGCAAAUGGUUGGGGAGAAAAACAUGGACUCUUUGUUAAGUGGAAGUAUGUUGAAGCUAAGGCUGCGGCUUACUACUAUCAUGGUUUGAUUCUUGAUGAAGGAAACACAGAGAAGUCACAUGGCAUGGCAGUUGCAGCUUUACAAGCUGCAGAUGAAUGUUUUAAAGAGAGUAAGAAAGCAUCUGAAGCAUUUAACGCCUCUUCACCUACUUCAAGGACACCGCCGUUAUUUGGAACAAUGAAGUAUCUAACUGAGAAAAUCCCGAAAGAUACUUCGAGUAAAGUCAGGAUAAACCGUGAUCUAUACUCUUAUGAAAAAAUCAUGGAGACAGCACCAACACUUCCUGAUUUCGCUUUAGCAUUGAAACCAGAUGAGUAUCAACUUCCUCUCGUCGAAGCUUAGUAGUCUGAAGAUGCUCAAAGCGCUUCAAACCAAGUGUACGAGCAAUCAAAGAUAGAGAUGUGUAAACCUUGUAGAGCCAAAAGUUCAGUGGUUUCCAAUGGCUGCCUGCAAAUUAUGGUAUGGCUAGAGAAUUUACCCGACAUGAGUCUAUGAUCUGAUCAAUAUUGUGUGAGAAAAAAGACUUAUCAAAUUGGGUUUGGAUCAGUUUACAUGAGAGAGAUCUUUGUAUGUUAAUGUAAUGAUAAUUUCUUCAAUAAAGCAUUAUUUUUUUC